AUGCUUAAUCGUGCAUUCUUUUCGACAGUGAAGUUAGUUCUUUGGAGUUGGCUUCCUACGCUUUUAAUGCUGGUUUCUGGUCUAUGCACCCCUCACAAUGUUCAUCGAAGCAAGAAGAUAAUCGCGCCCCAGGACAAUUCACAAAGACAAACGAUACUGGAAUACCAUCCGAUUCAAAUGUUAAUCGUUCAAUGCUUGGUAUUCGAACCAACAACAACAAUCAAUUCUGUUAUUCAACUUUACGUCUCUAUAGCUAAUAGCUCAUCGAGUCUUUUGGUAGAUAUUACAGCAUAUUUAUCAGUUUACUGUAUUGUAGAUAAUGCAGCAGCCACAUUGUAUUCGAUGCAUUGCUCCACCAAACCCAAAUUCUAUCUUGAACACUUUACCACAAGUGCAUUUUGCUCAAUGAUCUGCAGGAAAAGUCAGCAUGAUCACAAUCUGACAAAAAUGGCUUCGAAGAAUAUUUUUGGCAAAUUAUACGAAACGAUGCGUUAUUUUCAUAAUACACACAGUGAGCAUCUGUUAUCGAUGCAAGAGCAAUGCAAACGAGCUAAAACAACCGCUGAUCUCCAUCAUUUAGCGUCUGAUAUUCAUUCAUUCUGUUACUAUCUUCACAACCAUCAUACAAUUGAAGAUCAGCAUUUGUUUCCUAAACUUGCUGCAAAAAUCGAUAUUUCGCAUUUAGAAGCUCACCACGAACAACUUGCUCAGUUAUUAAACGAAUUCGACAGUUUUUCUC